CCGGGCCGGACGGCCGCUUAGACAAGAGCCGGGCUGCGGAGCGCAGGUGCCCGGCGGUUCCAGCCCGGCGAGGGACCCUGUGAGGCCGUGGAGGAGACGCCGCUAAGUUCACUGCAGGUGGGACUCAGCGGGGCGGGGCGCAGCGCGAGCCGUUCCCGGGCGCCCCGGUCCUCGGCGUCCGUGAGUGUUCUGUGGGCCCACGGCCCUGCCCACCCUCUGAGGCCGCGGGCCGCCGCCCUGGCACCAUGAAGGCCGGAGGGUUUUCCUCGAGGGCCGCGCCCCGGCCGGAGGGGGCUGCGGAGAGGCCGAGCCGCCGAGCCACCCCUGUCGCCGGGCCCUGCCUGUAGGACGUCGGGGCCCGCCGCCCGGCUCUCGUGUCCGCGCCGCAGUAGGCGCCCCAUCGCCGGCUCUGACAUGGAGGAGGGGGCAGCUGGUCCGGGGAGCCUCCUCCCGCCCGCCAUGAAGGCAGAGACCGCGACCGCGGCGCAGGAGCCCCCGGCCGGGCCCAGCCUCAGUCACCUGCUGAGUAGCCGCAAGCUGGUAGCCCUGGGGGCCGUGCUCGGCUGGCUUCUGGUCAUCCACCUCCUGGUCAACGUGUGGCUCCUGUGCCUUCUGUCUGCGCUGCUGCUGGUGCUGGGAGGAUGGCUGGGCGCCGACGCCAUCGUGGGGCCUUCGGGUCGGCUGCACCUGGAGCGCUUCAUCCCCAUGGCUGUCUGCCCCCCAAACCCCGAGGCCGAGAGGCAGCUGGAGCAGGAGAUCGACCGCACCAUCCGGAUGGUCAUGCGGGACUUCGUGUCGUCCUGGUAUCGCACGGUGAGCCAGGAGCCUGCCUUCGAGGAGGAAAUGGAGGCAGCCAUGCGAGGGUUGGUCCAGGAGCUCCGGAAGAGGAUGGCCAGGGUGGACAGCCAUGCUCUUGCCCAGAGGGUUCUCACUCUCUGUGGUUGUCACUUGCAGAGCUAUCUUCAGGCAAAGGAGGCCACGACGGGGAAGCAGAGUGGCACAGCUGAGCCCUCCCAGCUCUGGGAGGCUUACUGCCAGGCCACCGCCCCACAUCCUGCAGUACAGAGUCCCAGGGCUGAGGUCGCCUACACACGUGGCAUUGUGAACGUGUUGCUUCAAGGCCUAGUGCCAAAGCCCCACUUGGAGACCCGGACCGGCCGCCAUGUAGUGGUGGAACUCAUUACUUGCAAUGUCAUGUUACCACUGAUCAGCAAGCUCUCAGAUCCGGACUGGAUCCACCUUGUGCUAGUGGGCAUCUUUUCCAAGGCCAGAACUGGCCCAGCAGGAGUGGAUAAACCACUCUGCCCAGCCAGUGCCCUGGAACAGCCCUCAGUGCCCACAUCUCUGCCACUGAUUGUGGAGGUCCAGAGUCUAGCAGAUGCGGGAGCCCCUUCUCCAGCCCCAGUGCUCCUAAACUAUAGUGAGCCUUCACACCCCUCCCCAGAAGUCGAAGAAGGCCAUGAAGCACUGGAGGGAGAUUUGGGGGGAGUGCUAGAAGAGAGAGAAGUAGGAAACAACUCUUCUCACUUCCUGCAGCCUCUGUUCUUGUCCGAAGACGCAGAGCUGGAGUCUCCGUUGUCUGAACUGGGCAAAGAAACCAUCAUGCUCGUGAACCCAGGCACCUUCCUCUCUGCCAGGGUUCAGGACUCCCUGUGUGCCCUAGGGGGUUCCCAGGCUCUGGAGUCUAAGGAUGAAGAGGGAUCUGAAGGAAUUGAAGGGGCAGAAGCUGAGGAGGGUCCAGGAACAGAAACAGAGACUGGCCUGCUUGUCUCCAUGCUGAAUUCCUGCCCAGAGAUCCAGAUUGACACAGCAGACAAGGACGUAGAGCAGGGAGAUGUCACCUCUCUUACAACUUUGCUGGCCAGUCCAGAAAGGAUGUGUCCCCCACGACCCUCGUGCUUAGAGAAAGAUCUCACCAAUGGUGUGAGCUCCCUAGAUCCUAGUCUCCCACAGGUACUGCUCUCCUCCUCUCCACCUGGUCCCCUCAGCUCAGCCACCUUCAGCUUUGAGCCCCUGAGCAGUCCAGAUGGCCCCGUUAUCAUCCAGAACCUUCGUAUUACCGGCACCAUUACUGCUCGAGAGCACAGCGGCACCGGAUUCCACCCAUACACGCUCUACACGGUGAAGUAUGAGACCGCCCUUGACUGCGAGAGCAGCAGUGGCCUGCAGCAGCUGGCCUACCACACCGUGAACCGCCGUUACCGAGAGUUCCUGAAUCUGCAGACCCGUCUGGAGGAGAAAUCCGAUCUACGAAAGUUCAUCAAAAAUGUGAAGGGUCCUAAGAAGCUCUUUCCAGAUCUUCCAUUUGGAAACAUGGAUAGUGACAGAGUGGAAGCCCGCAAGAGCCUCUUGGAAUCAUUCCUGAAGCAACUCUGUGCCAUUCCUGAGAUCGCUAACAGUGAGGAGAUGCAGGAGUUCCUUGCUCUGAACACAGAUGCUCGUAUUGCCUUUGUCAAGAAACCGUUCAUGGUCUCCAGAAUAGACAAGGUGGUGGUGAGCGCUAUCGUGGACACCUUGAAGACAGCAUUUCCUCGCUCUGAGCCCCAGAGCCCCACAGAGGAGCUGAGUGAGGCCGAGACAGAAAGCAAGUCCCAGCCAGAAGGCAAGAAGGCUACCAAGUCCAGACUGAGGUUUUCAUCCAGUAAAAUUGCUCCAGCACUGAAUAUAACUGAGACACACGAGAAGAUUCUCUAUUGUCUCCGGGAAGGCAGUGUGGAGUCAGAGAUCCUCUCCAUGUCUGGGAUGGAAUCCUUUAUUGAAAAGCAGACAAAGUUGCUAGAAACGCAGCCAGCAGAAGCCCCAGGAAAAGAUUCUGAACAAAUCUCCAAGGGAUGUGUGGAUGACUGCGUGUCAGGUGCAGCCGUGCCAGCCCAAGACCUCAGCAACAGUGAUCCAGGAACAGAGACAGAGUUGGCUGACACAGCCCUGGAUCUGCUUCUCUUGCUGCUGAUGGAACAGUGGAGAUGGCUAUGUACGGAGAACGUGCAGAAAGUUAUUCAUCUCAUCUUUGGGACCCUGAUUCAGAGGUGGCUAGAGGUGCAGGUAGCUACUCUGACGUGUCCUCAGCGCUGGGUGCAGUACCUCCGGCUUCUUCAGGAAUCCAUCUGGCCUGGUGGGCUUUUGCCUGAGUAUCCUCGACCCGUAAGGACCCAGGAGCAGAAGGCGGCUGCUGAGAAACAGGCUUUGCAGAGCCUGAUGGGAGUCCUGCCAGAUAUCGUCGUGGAAAUCCUUGGGGUGAACAAAUGCCGGCUGAGCUGGAGUCUUGUCUUGGAGUCACUGCGGCAGCCCCUCAUCAACCGGCAUUUGAUUUACUGCCUUUGGGACAUCAUCCUGGAAUUCUUGGAUCUCAGUGCCUCUGCUGAGGAGUCCGCCAUAACCAGCUCUGCCGCAGACACCCCAGGCAGCCCCAAGAAGAUGGGCAUCUCCCCUUAGCCAGAGACUUGGAAUCCUCAACACCAUCUGGCAAUUUUCUCUCCAUCUUCCUGCCCACAAUGGAGCCACACCCCUGCAACCCCCCUUAAAUGCCAGAUGACAGCAGGAACCUUCCACUGAGCAGAGGUGAAGCCUUAGACGUCUGUCAGCACCCCCGCUGUAAAGAUCUGCCAGCUUCUCAGAUCAGUGUGGGAGGAGGCUGUCUGAGUAGGUUUCAUAGCUGCAGCAGUAACACCGGGCCCCACCUCCCAUGCCUCUCAGGCUGACCGUCUCAUCGGAGGUGCCGACGUCCCCAGAAGCAGGCCCCAGACUGGCGGCCCUUAGCCAGGACCCAUCUCAGAAGCACAUGCCUAGCUGGAGCCUCCUGGUUGCUGGGGUGAAAGGACCUCUCUAUCACCAUAGGAGGAAUCUGAUGAAUUCUGGACUAAAAAGGGGUGUUGUUUUCCCCCAAUGACAGAGGAACACACAACUCCGUGUACGGGGAAGCAGGAGUCUUACAGGGAAGCACUCCUUGACACGGGAAAGCAGGCGAUCGAUAGUCCAUGAGACCCCUAUGUAGAUUGUUCCUAUUCAAGUCUUCAGGCGUAUACAGGCAGAGAAAGAACCAUUUCAAAGGUGAGCUUUAAAAAAAUCACCUGGCAUUCUUUGGAAUUGUUGUCACAGGGCAGUAUAUGGAUUGUGAACAAAUUCCCCCUCCCUCACCCCAAAUCCACCCAGAAGGGAAUGUCUGAAAUGGGGAGGAAACACACAUUUGCCUGGGCACGGUGACCUUGAACAAACCUCUUCACUUCCCUGGACUUUUCUUUCUUUCUUUCCAUACAGAGGAUGGGCUGGAUAUUGGAUGAAACCCUGUCCAGCUCUGUCACAUCAGUUAGAGAGCAAAGACUGUGCCUUCCAGUUCCUGGCCAGUUUCUGAAACAGUGAUGAUGCUUUCUGAAUGUUUGUCAUCAAAACGAAUGAAUGAUUAUAUUUCAUCUUGACUCUUAUCUCAGUAGAGAUUUUCUUCCACUUCAUUUGGGUCUCAGUUUGAGGAAAGAAGGAAGGAAGGAACGAAGCAUGAUGAAAGUGAGGGAGGAAAGAAUGUAGCUUUGCCUCUGAAGGACUGUCUUGACUUUCUCUGGGCUCCUAGAGUAAAAGUCCCUAUCCUCCAUUCUCCCUCUUUAAGCCUUCCAAAAUCGCAUGGAUUAAGGCUACCAUACAGCUUUGAGGAAUAAGCCACACCCCCAGACUUCCAUGGAGUCCAAGGACCUAUAUUCAUCCCCAAUUAGCCUGUCUCGGGUUGAUCAUCAAAGUACACACUUCUGCUUUUCAUUUUUCUAGAGUCUUUUCCAUCAGCUCUUCUUCCAUUUUAUCUUUUCAUCAUUCCUCUGAGGAAUGUAAUACUUUACACAUGUAUAGGACUUUCUCAAUUAUGAAGUAUUUCAUAUCCAAUGUUUUAUUUAGAUCUUGACAAUCACUUUUUAAGGUAAUUUGGGGGAGUUAUUCGUGUCUUCAUUUUACUGAAAAAGAAACUUUUGCCCAAGGUCAGUCACCCAUUUUUUCAAGAGGCAGCAGCACAGGGAUUAAGAAAUAGUUCUGCCGACCGACAAGCAGGUGUGAAUCCCAGCUCCACCACUGAUCAGCUCUGUGUCCUUCGGUAGGUGAUUUAAAAUCUCCGCGCCUUAGUUUUUUCAUUCAUUAAAUGGGAAUAGCAUGGAGCUCUCCUCACAGAGAACAGGCGGGAGAAGGGGUUAGAUCCUUAGUACAAGCUCUAGCACCAGUGCAUAAUAAAUGUUUGUCGUUUUCAUUGCCGAAGCCAAGACUAGAACCCGAGUCCCCCAGCUUCCAGCUCAGGGAUAUUUCCACUGCCCCCACUGGUGUCAUCCUCAGCGUGCAGACCAGAACCUAAGGCCAUCCACAUUUCGGUGAAAAGCUCAUCCAAGUCUCCGUUUAUUGGGUCCAGAGCUAACAUCUCCUGGAACUCCAUUAAACAAAGCUGCUUCCCGUUGCUCUGGGCAGGGUGUCAACCCUCUAAAGUUUCAAAAGUGUAUAAACCAAGCUCUCUCAUCCAGUAUUACUGACAGCCUGAAGGCAGACACUCCCACUGUCCUGGGGAAAGGCCUUCUUCCUUCAGUCUUAAGAGACAAGGCUCAGGGUGACUUGUUGCUAUGGUGAUUCUCCCUCCUACCUCCCAGCAUUCGCUCAGGCCAAGUGUCCACUGGAAAAGUCUCUCUUCUCUUCCUUCCUCUUGCCAUUUUCAUUGGUGCCAGACUAGUUGAUUCUGGACCAUUGGUUUCUGACUCUCUGCGUACAAGUUUUGUCUUUUGCACUUUUAUUAUGUACCUCUUGCGAGUACGGCCUAUGUUGUCUGUGGCUUUGUACUCUCCGUUGCACGUAGCAAAUGCUCAGGACUCAGCAGGGACAUAAACAGUGCUUAAUUCAUGAAUGGACUGACUGUCUGAGGGAUUGGUGGUGGACUCUCCGAGUAGGUGACAAUCAUCCCCACGCCUUGGUUGCAAGUUCAGGUGGUCAGAGAACUUGCCCAGAUGGCGUUCAACACCACAGUGCUUGAAAAGGGGAGAAGUUUCAGGAGCUGUCUUGGGGGAGGGAAGAGAGUUCUCUCUAUACUCACACCAGGCCGGCUGCCGCUGAGCCUCAGAACCUGGGCUGUGCCACCGUCUGAGAGCAAGGUGUGCGCACGGAAAACGCAGACAGAACCACAACUCGGGGAGCGCACCCAGCCAGACGUGACCUUAUUCUUCAGUUAACAACAAGGGAAAGUCAUCUGGCCCAGGGUCACUCAGCACCAAAGUCCCGCAACAGAAGGGGCUCCACUUAAAGGGCAGCGCAAAUCCAGGGCAUUAAAAUAACCUGAAUGGUGUUGUUUUCUGAUCAAGUGCC